GGCUCCUUGUUUGUAUAUUUUCCAGGCAUCCUAGUAUCAGCUUUCUUUUUUCUUUAUGCUACAGUCACCUAAUUAAAAAAUAAUUUCUAGGUCACAUGAAUUGACUUUUUUGACACCAAAGGACUUAACAAAUAAGGCUUCAGUUUGCGAUGUGUCGUGGGAUGUUUCUUGUCUUCUUUUUCUUCAUUUCUACAUUGCUCGGCACAUCACAAGCGGGCCCCACGUGGACGGCUAAGGUAUGGAACACAAAAGAGUUCAAGACAUGGCAAGAGUACGCACUCCUGAGCAACGAGUCAGAUGAGAACCCUCUCUUGUCCCCGAGAAGUCACAACUUGCCACAUCGGAGUGAGGAGGAGAUGGAAAAACAAACAUUGGAGGCCUUCCGCUCACUCAAGAUGAACUACACGAAGCUGCUGCAUACUCUGGACGCAGGGCCAAGGUCUGGCAGACACCUGCCUCGUAUUGUAGACAAGGCUCUGCGCCUGAUGAACCUCAAACAGGUGGUGCAGGAGGUGGAGACCAGUGUCAUGUCGAAGGUGUCCUGCACAGCUUGCAAGGCAGGUGCGGGUCUGCUUCAACACUACAUCAGAGGGGGCAAGACGAGAGAUGAUAUUGUCAAAAUAACGUACCAGUUCUGUGUGAGUCUCAAGCUUCAGACGCCUCGGGUCUGUGAGGGAAUCACAGAGCUGUUUGGGGGAGAAGUGGUUUACGUGUUGAAGCGUCUAAAGAUCGGCCCUGAAGAGAUCUGCAGCUUUGUGAUCGGAGAUGCUUGCGGAGAUGUGGAUAAUCCCACUCACGAGUGGCAAGUGGUAUUUCCUCCAGUGCCCAAGCCUCCUGUUCAAGCCGCAACUCCUCCGUCGGCAACUGCUGCUACAUUCAAGAUUCUACACAUCUCAGACACACACUAUGACCCGUACUACCAGGAGGGUACCAAUGCUGAUUGUAAAGAGCCGUUGUGUUGCCGUCUGACCAAUGGCCCGGCCCCUACACCAGCAGCCGCAGCGGGGCGAUGGGGCGACUACCGCAAGUGUGACUCUCCCAAGCGAACUGUCGACCACAUGCUACAACAUAUCUCCAGCACACACCCGGACAUUGACUAUAUAUUGUGGACUGGUGAUCUUCCGCCUCAUGACGUUUGGAAUCAAACCCGAGACGAGAAUCUGAUGGUCCUGAAACAAACAGUGGAGCAAAUGACAACAUUAUUCCCAGGAAUCCCCAUUUUCCCUGCUCUGGGAAAUCAUGAGGCUGCUCCAGUUAACAGUUUCCCACCUCCAUUUGUCCAGAACGACUAUGGUAUUGACUGGUUGUACUCUGCGCUAGAUAAGGAGUGGCGCAAGUGGUUGCCAUCGUCGGUGUCACGCACGGUACGUCGAGGAGCCUUCUACAGCGUCCUGGUACGACCGGGCUUCAGAAUCAUCUCACUCAAUAUGAACUACUGCAACAAUAAGAACUGGUGGUUGCUCCUUAACAGCACGGACCCAGCUAAGGAGUUGCAGUGGUUCAUUUACGAGUUACAGAGUGCUGAGUUUAACGGAGAGAAAGUUCAUGUCAUCGGACACAUUCCUCCCGGACACAGUGACUGUCUGAAAGUUUGGAGUAGAAACUACUACGCCAUCAUCAACAGGUAUGAAUCAACAGUCACGGCACAGUUUUUCGGUCACACUCAUUACGACGAGUUUGAAUUGUUCUACGAUAACGAGGACCUUGGACGAGCUAUCAACGUGGCUUUCAUCGGACCUUCAGUGACGCCUUACAAUGACCUGAACCCUGGCUAUCGGAUAUACUACGUGGACGGAGACCAUGAUAAAUCAACCAGGAUGGUGGUGGACCAUGAGACAUGGAUUAUGAACCUAAAGGAAGCCAACUUGUACGACUACCCCAUCUGGUACAAGUUGUACAGCAUGAGAACAGCCUUCCAGGUACCCAGCUUGCUACCCCAGGAGCUAGAUACUCUGGUCAACAAACUGGCCGAGAACCAGACAGUGUUCGACCAGUACUACAGAUACUAUUGGAAGAACUCUCCGGUGCGGCCAGCCUGUGACGCUGAGUGCAAGAAAAGGUUGAUCUGUGAUCUAAGGUCCGGCCGAUCACACGACCGCCGCACUCUUUGUCAGGAGAUUGAGAGCCGCAUUGACGCCAACACUCGCACCGGCUGGCGUGCCUGGCUCUACAACGGCAUCGCUCUAUCGGAAGAGCUUCCUCACGUUCUACAGGUCUAGAUACAACUUUGCUGGUGGUUGGCUCUCUCUUUUGGAUGUCCAUGAUCAUGGCGAUACCAGCUUUCACCUACCAAAUCCCAAAAUUUGUCAUGGGUUUUGGGUAAUGCACCGAAGUUUUACCACCAACGGACUGUGAUGAUUUCUCAACCCAACCAACUCUACAAACUUGGACACCAAUAAUUUUACUGUUGGAAGCCUUAUAAAUCGUGUAUGGCUUUCACAAAAUGUUAACGUUUUUAUAUCUGUAAGAUACAAUUUUUGUGUUUUGUGAAAAUUGUGAAUGAUCAGCGUAAUCUCUCAGUUAACUUAUUUAAUGUUGUUAGAUCAUUGUAAAUCUGACCAAAAAUGUCAACGUGGAUUGUUUACAAUUUUGACAUUGACAGAGAGGGACGAUUCUUUUAGUUGUUGAGGAUAUGUGGACAAGACUGGACACACAAUGAUAACAUUUUAAUCUGCUGAUGAUAUAUAUAUUCCCUAUAAAAUUUAAUUUGUGCUGGAAAACUGUUCUAACGUUAAUUUAAGACUUACCUAAAUUAAGAUACAGUACAACUGUUUUUUUAGUCAAGGCAUAGGACUGUUGUCCUGAAGACCUGGCUCGGAUUCCAUUCAUUCACAAAUGACUUCCAGUUAUGUGAUAAUUGCUGUGAAUGUUUAGGGCUUUUAGUAAUGAAAUACCUAUUUGUGUAUGAAGAGCGCAAAGUAUCAUUGAACUGUAGCGCUCAAGAACUGUAGAUGGCGGUAUGAACGCCAACAGUGAAAUCAGCUGAUUUAGUGAUUUUCUGAUUUAGCAAUCAGGAAUGUUCAUCUAUUUUGUGUACUGUAUUUAGGUGUGGCAAUGUGAUUAUAUCCAUGCAGUGGUAGGAAAUAGUUAUUUGUGCAACUAGUGAGCAAAGGGAGCAAUUGACUCACUCGAGAGAAAUGCUUACUCACGAGCCAUAGGCGAGUGAGAAAUGUUUCUCGAGUGAGGCAAUUGCACUUUGCACUCGAGUUGCACAUUAUAUUUUUCCUACAGUUACCAUAAAACAAAUAAAUUGGUAAAGAAACGUGACAUAUUUUUAUACAGAAGUGAACUUUUAAUAUUACAUUAAUGAUACAACAGUACAACAGCUGACCAGCUGAUUUACAGCCAGUGCUGCCAACGUAUUUCGGGCGCACUGCAUGUUACGCGCUCACUAUUUCGUGCCUUCACGUUGCAAAUCUGGAGUGAGUGCGACAAUGUUAACAUUGUCUCACUGAUGAGCAAAUUGGCCACUUUGCUUUCUCAAAUCAGUGAGAGAACAUGUACAUUGUUUGUUAGGUAACUGUAGGAAAAAGUUAUUAUUUUACAAAAACCGAUCUGUUUGGAGUAUUUUAUUACCACCAUUGCAGAUUGCUUAGUUACAGAAGUUGGUAGCUAAGAAUGCUUACACCGCAAUUCAUUAUGUGUCCAUUCCCCACCUGUAUAUUCUCAAUUUUUGUAUAUCUUAACUUAUCUGGAAAUAGUGGAAAUUGUGUUAUAUUGAGCAUUUUAAACCCCCAAUAGAGUUUCUUAACGUUGGCCAUUAUUUAAUUUUACGAAAAGAUUAUUUCUACUGCAUUUUUAACUUUGUUUGAUGGAACAGUGUUUUAUCAUUUUAAAGUGGUAUGAGGUUUCCAGAUCCCAGAAACUAGAAUACUGAAAUACUUAGCUUUAGCGCUUUAGAUAGGGUAUCCAAUGUUUUUUUUUGUUUUUUUGUAUGCUGUUUAUUUAUUGCUCACUUACAAUACAUUAUUUGCUGUCAAAGCAAUUUAUGUGUGAAAUUAUUUAGUCUAUAUUUACCAUUGUGAUAUACCAGCCAUUUUGUGUAAAAUCACUUUUACAAGUUUUUUUUAUUUGAUUGUUUAAUAUUGUUCUCUUAUAUUUAUUUAGUAUCUCAGAUACUGCUUUACUUUACAUACUGUUUUGGGGUAUUAUUUAAAUAUCUUUAUUAUGUUAAAGGGGAACUACACAAAAUGUGAACCCUUUUUUAAUAGGCCUUACUGUUAUUUUUAUAUUUUGCAGCUUUCAUUGUUUAACCUGUUAUUAUUGUUUUUAAAACAAACAUGCAUUUUCAUUCCACCGGUGUAAACAUUAAUUUUUUAUUGUGUCCAUAUAUGUAAUCCACUACAUUGGGUUUUAUUUCAAAAACUAAAUUUAAAAACAUGUAUAAUGUUGAUCAAGAAGUUAUUUUUUUUUCAAAGUAAAGAUUAUGUACCUAUUAGAAAGCUUUUUCUGGCAUGUUCUGCAAUAAUCAAGUUUAGUAAAUUGCCUACUCGUUUAAAGGUUAGUAUAAUUACACUUAGGCUAAUAUAGUUUUAAACUGAUUUGUUUAUCAAAUUUAUUUAUUGUGGACCAAAGAUUUUAACACAACAACUUUCCUAGCCUUUGAAAUUUAAAUCUUGUUAUCAAAUGAUAAAGUUAACGGAAAGAGGAAGUUUAUUGUUAUGUUAUCAAAGGAGAUUUAGACUUGCUUGUUAUUGUUAAUGACCUCUAGACAGUUGAUGUUAUCAUUUUAGGGUAAAAAAUUCUAAAAUUAAUUGACUUCAUGACAAGGCUUAGCAUUUCUUUUGUGUAUAAAAAUAAUUUAACUAUAUUUAAUUAGUAUUGCUGAUAGACUUAACUCUGUUGUUUAUUUGGAUUAAAAUCUGAAACCUGUAUAAAUUUGUAUAAAUGUAGUUAUAUUUUUAAUAAAUAUUUAUUUAUUUAUUCAA